AUGGAAACAAAGAUCAAGUUUCCCACUGGAUCUGCUAAUGAGCGUCACAGCGAUGAUCACGACAAUCACAAUGGCAACAGUCCCAUCACAGUGGCAAAGUCAAUCCGACGUGUGUUGACCAAGUCGUCAUCCUUCCCCGAAUUUCCACAAGAGCCGGCUUUGACAAACAAUGAUCAUCCGGAGGACGGUCGAGGUUGGAAUCAUUUUAUCAGUACACUGGCUGCAGGAGUAGGAAGCGGAGCAUUGUCCUCUACCAUUUGCGCUCCCUUGGAUCUAAUGCGAACACGAAUGCAAGUGUGGGGAGACAUGUCCUCCUCCUUUCAAGGCGAAAAAAUAACGCCGACGCAAGUCUUUCAAGAAAUUUAUCAAAAGGAAGGGCCAAAGGGCAUGUUUCGGGGUCUCGGAGCGACACUUGUCACGGUGCCACUGUUUUGGGGGGUGUACUUUCCAUUGUACGAUCAAUUGAAAUACGAAACCCAACAAAAGUAUCCCGACAUGAAUAUUUCGCUGGUACAUUGUGGAUCCGCCGUUGCGACGGGAGCCGUAGCCGAUCUUAUUUGUAAUCCGCUAUUUGUCAUUCGCACCCGACUGCAAACGCAAGCUUUGCAUCAAUUGGCGGAUGCACACGCUCAUCAUACGCAACCAGCUAACAUUUUGGAGAAAAGUGGUAUUCUGCAGACGGGUCAACAGCUUUUUCGACAACAUGGUCCACUCAUCUUUUGGAGGGGGAUGAGUGCCAAUCUUAUCGGAUUGAGUCACGUGGCGGUUCAAUUUCCAACCUAUGAAUACUUGAAAAAAUGGUGCCGGGAUCGCAAGGCAUCUGCCACUGGACACCACCAAGCAGUAGUCCAAGAAUCUCCCUUGGAGUUGUUGGUGGCCAGUGGGGUCGCCAAAAUGUUUGCGUCUCUGUUGACCUAUCCUCAUGAAGUCUUGCGCAGCCGCAUGAUGGAUUCCCGGCAGGCCACGGCGCCCACCUUGAGAGGGACGGCCCGCCAUAUCUACAGUCAAGAAGGAUUUGCAGGAUUUUACCGUGGAUUGCCCGUCACUCUGAUACGAGUCAUUCCCAAUUCGUGCAUUACCUUUUUGUCGUACGAACUAUUACUGCGGUGGACCAAGGAGUAUCUGAAGGAAUCAUCAUCAUCAUAA